GCUUGCCUCUGACGUCUGACCUGAGCUCCCAUUUCCGGUGCUGCUUUAGCCUUUUCUCUUUAUACUGCUAAGGUCCACCCUGGUUGCAUUUGAAUGGGAGACUACAGAUGUGAGCACUGGAAGAGAUUCGCUUGAGGGGAUGGAGCCGCUCUGGGAAGAGCAGAAGGUUCCAAGUUCCUUCCCUGGCAUCUCCAAGAUAGGGCUGGGAGAGACUCCUGCCUGUAACCUUGGAGAAGCUGCUGCCAGUCUGGGUUGACAAUACUGAGCUAGAUGGACCAAUGAUCUGACUCAGUAUAUGGCAGCUUCCUAUGUUGCUAUGAGGCGCUUCAUGGACACUGCACCAAGCCCCGCCAAGCCCCGGAAGAGGAAGAAGAAGGCCGUCCGGCGGUCGAAGCGGAAGCAGCCGCCGGUCUCCUCCACAGACCCGGAUCUCCGCCACUGCGACGUGUGCGGGAAAGACAUCAAGUACCAGUCCAGCUUCCGGGAGCACCAGCGCAUCCACACGGGGGAGCGGCCUUACCAGUGCAAGCGCUGCGGGAAGACCUUCACCCGCUGCGCGGACCUCAUCAAGCACCGCCUGGUGCACUCCGCCCGCCGGCCCCACCGCUGCGCGGUGUGCGGGAAGCGCUUCAAGCUGCGGGCCGACCUGGACAAGCACGGGAAAGUGCACUCGGACGAGGCCCCCUUCCCCUGCCACCUCUGCCCCCGGCGUUUCAAGCGCACCUCCUGCCUGGUCAAACACUUGCGCAUCCACACCCAGGAGAAGCCCUUCGCCUGCGCGCACUGCGGCCGGCGGUUCAAGUGGGAAGCGUCGGUCAAGGAGCACGAGCGGGUCCACACGGGGGAGCGGCCGCACCGGUGUGAUCAGUGCCCCAAGGCCUUCGCCCACCGCUCCACCUUCUUGCAGCACCAGCGCACCCACCAAAAGGAGCCGGCUUUCGGCUGCAAACUGUGCCCCAAGGCUUUUAACCACAAGUCCAACCUCCUCAAGCACGUGCGGACUGUGCACAGCUAGGGGGAGGACAUCCGGACGGCAGCCGAGGCCUCUGGCGGGCUGUAGGGGGACGGGCUGUUGCUGGGAGACGGGGGGAAUGGGCCCUGUGGUACGGGCCCGACAGGGAGGGUGGAUCGGGUUUGUCCGAUAACGGAAUACUCCCGCCUUCCAUUUUGCGAGCUGUCGAGUCAAGAAAUGGCUCUAAAGUUACAGCCUUCCAGCUGUUUGUUUAUUUUUGUGAGGAGGAGAGCUGGUCUUGUGGUAGCAAGCAUGACUUGUCCCCUUAGCUAAGCAGGGUCUGCCCUGGUUGCACAUGAAUGGGAGACUUGAUGUGUGAGCACUGCAAGAGAUUCCCCUCAGGGGAUGGAGCCGCUCUGGGAAGAGCAGAAGGUUCUAAGUUCCCUCCCUGGCAGCAUCUCCAAGAUAGGGCUGAGAGAGACUCCUGCCUGCAACCUUGGAGAAGCCGCUGCCAGUCUGUGAAGACAAUACUGAGCAAGUUGGACCAAUGGUCUGACUCAGUAUUUGACAGCUUCCUAUGUUCCUAUUUAUUUAUUCAAUUUCCAUACCGCCCUUCCAAAAAUGGCUCAGGGCGGUUUACACAGAGAAACAAUAAAUAAAUAAGAUGAAUCCCUGUCCCCAAAGUGCUCACAGUCUAAAAAGAAACACAAGACAGACACCAGCAACAGUCACUGGAGCUACUGUGCUGAGGGUGGAUAGGGCCGGUUACUGUCCCCCUGGUAAAUAAAAAGAGAAUCACCACGUUAAAAGGUGCCUCUUUGCCCAGUUAACAGGGGUUACCUGUUGGACUACGACUCCCAUCAUCCCUUGCCACAGUGACCAGUGGUGAGGGAUCAUGGGAGUUGUAGUCUAGUAACAGCUGGCAAGCCGAGUUGUGCAGGCCUUUCACAAUUUGCACAGCAGGGAAGUGGGCCUUGAAACAAGAUGAAAGGAAGGCAGGUCUUAGACUAGAAUUCAAGUGUUAAUGUGUAAGAGGGUCAAGGGUUUGCUGUUACGAUUGUAUUAGUUGUUUCUUGACAUUUUGUGCAGCAGGGGUUCUUGGUGUGUGUCCAGGAAGAGCCCUUGGAAGCUUCUCAGGGUGCCUUCUGGAAGAAGUCAAGAAUGAGAGAGAAGCUUCCUUAGAAAACUGUUUUGUCUAUCACUGCCUUUCCUGUGAAAGCAGUAACUGGGAAUUCUGCUGAGGAUUCUGGCAAGAAAGUACCUCUUCCAGGCAGUCUAGUGAAAAUAUUAAUUGGGAACAAUAUUAAUUAAAAUGCAUUGGAAUAAAUCCUCUAUUCUUUUCUGCA